ACCCCUUUUCUAUAAUAUCUAUAUAUAACCCCCUGACUCAUCUCACUUAAAACAGCCAGUUGAUAAUACCAUCUACCCCAUCUCAGCAUCAAACACAAAAGAAGAAGAAGUUCAUCAAGAUCUAAGACUAUAUAGGAUCAUGAGGCUCAGCAAAUUGACAUUGAUUAUCAUUUCACUUGUCUGCAUGUUGCAGGUGGCAACAAUAUCAGAAGGAUCAUCACUUUUACCAUUAAUCUUGGACCAAAGGGCAAGUACUCCAAGCAGUCUACUAGGUGAAAGUACAUUUCUUGAUCCAUUCAGAGUGUUAGAACAAAUACCUUUUGGACUAGAAAGCAGAGAGGAGACUCUAUCAGUUGCAAAAGUGGACUGGAAAGAGACACCAGAAGGGCACGUGAUAACAAUAGAUGUACCAGGAUUGAAGAAAGAGGAGAUAAAAAUAGAGAUUGAAGAGAAUAGGGUGUUGAGAGUGAGUGGAGAGAGGAAAAAAGAAGAGGAGAUAAAGAAAAGUGAUGAUCAUUGGCAUUGUGUUGAAAGGAGUUAUGGAAAGUUCUGGAGGCAGUUUCGUUUGCCGGAAAAUGCUGAUGUUGAUACAUUGAAAGCGAAGCUUGAGAAUGGGGUGCUAACUAUUUCUUUUGCUAAGUUGUCUCCUGAUAGAAUUAAGGGUCCUAAAGUUGUUGCUAUUGAUACCAAAGAAGAGGGAAAAGACACGCCUGCUUCCGUUAAAGAAGAGCUCUAAUUUGAGGGGUUUUGUUUUUUAAUUAUCUGGUGCUUUAACUUGGUGGGAUUGUAUGAUUAGCUUCACUUGUAAUAAAGCUUGUAAAAUGGAGUAAUGUGACCUAUGCUUGGUCUUUUUCUACCUAGAAUGUAGUGAUGUGUAAUGAAAUAAUGUAAAUGUAUGGAAGAUCAUAAUAUAUUUGAGUGUUCUUUUUCCUUAUUG